AGGAACCAAUUGUCUGUGCUACAACUGAGGCUUGUAGCACGAUUUGCUUAGAUGAGAAGUCUUGUGAAUAGUCAUGUGUUUUUGACAACUAAGUGUACAUUAGGAUGUGCCCUUGGAAUUAUUAGAUGUAAAGCUGUUUUCUUUAGCAGUAUUGAACUUGCAAUUGCUAAUGCUAUGAGUGUUCCCUGUUGAUCUACAUUUUUUCUGCUUUGUUUCACUUGCUACUGCUCAAAUCGAUGGUUAGUUACUGAAAUUUGGAGCUCUAUGCUCUUAAUUGUUGAGUCAAGAUACUAGUAACCUAUAUUUCUUCUGUAGGAUCUAUUUUGAUUGCUGAACUUUGUUCUAACAGGUUUUGAGCUGUCAUCCUACCACUUGGUUUAACUUAUGAGGAUCCUGCAAAGCUGCGUUGGAGACUCAAGAAAAAUAAACAACUCGUAUUAAUCAUCUUAAAUUCUGAAAGCUUCAUCCACCGAGACUUCUCAAGCUGGAGAAGAGUAUAUUGUCAAGUAGCAGGAAUUCAUUGAAAAUGACCUACUCUUACAUGCAAUGAACUGAAAUGGUGACCUCUCAGGAACCUCUGACGACCAGAGAAGCACAAGUUCCUUCUCAAGUUUCACAAGAAUCACAAGAUAACCACCAACAUAACAGCGGCACUGAAGCUCCUGCUGCAGAUGCAGGUUCAAUAUCCAUUGCGAGCAGUGAUAAUAGAAAGGUUUCUCGUGAAGAUAUUGAACUUGUCCAAAAUCUGAUAGAACGAUGCCUACAGCUGUAUAUGAAUAAAGGGGAAGUGGUUAGGACUCUUUCCAAUCGUGCUCGAAUUGAGCCUGGUUUUACAACUCUAGUAUGGCAGAAACUGGAAGAAGAAAAUGCUGAUUUUUUUAGAGCUUACUAUAUCAGGCUGAAAUUGAAAAAGCAGAUCAUCUUGUUCAAUCAUUUAUUGGAACACCAGUACCAUUUAAUGAAGUAUCCUGUACAACCUAAGGUUCCGUUGGCUCCAAUGCAAAAUGGGAUUCAUCCUCUGCCUGUUAACAAUUUACCAAUGGGCUACCCCGUCAUGCAGCCACCUCUAAUGCCAGCUACGGGCCAGCCUCAUCUUGAUUCUAUGGGACUGCCAAACUGUCAUGUAGUCAAUGGAAUUCCUGCCCCAAGCAGUUUCCAUCCGAUGCAUAUGAAUUCUGGAAAUGAUAUCAGGAUGGAAAAUGGCUCAUCGGAAGCAACACCCAUUGUACCACCAUCCAGUGCGAUGUCUACCAUGUCAGAAAUAGCUGUGAGUCCUGCAUCAGCAGCAUCCAGUAAUCAUUUUCCUUUUGCUUCAUCUGAUAUGCCAGGCAUUGGCAUGGAUGUAUCAGCAAUGGAUACAACCUUCGCAUCUGAUGUGGUGACCACAGGAGGCUUGCAGCUUGGACCUGAUGGGGGUAUAGGGUCUUCGAAAGACCCGGACAGAUCCUUAGGACACCUUUGGAAUUUCACUUUUCCUGAUUUAACAGCAGAUUUAACUGAUUUGGGAGAUCUUGGGGCUCUCGGUGAGUAUGAUGGCUCUCCAUUCCUGCCAUCUGACUCUGAUAUCCUCCUAGACUCCCCAGAGCACGACGAUAUGGUUGAGGAGUUCUUUGCUGAUACCAUAACUAACGGGCCAGCAUCUGAUGAUGAGAAGACAUAGAAAGGCCAUUUUUCCCUUCUAUGUUCAAGGGGUAGGCUCUGAGCAAGACGGGCAUCUCGUAUUAUGGCUCCUCAUCUACAUUACAGUGGAAAUCCAUAAGGAGUUUAGCUGAUAAGAGUUGUCGAAUUAGAAUUUCGUAAUGGACGCAUGUAAUAAAGUCGCUAGAUUGCGCCGGUUCAUGGAAAAUGAAUGUUGUUUAUAACAUUGGGUCCUUGCAUCUACCUCAUAAGGUUAUUCCUAGGAUUCUUUUCGCGUGUCUUGAUUUCGUUCUUUUGCAUAGAACAUCGAUGGUGCACGAGCGAAGGGCGCAUAUUUGCUUUCACCUUCAUAAUGGUUCUUAUGUCUCGACAUUUCCUUGAUGUAUUUGAUCAGAGAACUUUAUUGUUCACUAACAAAAAUAUUAUUAAGGAACUCAUGUAUGCCA